UUAAGAGGCAAUGUACUAAGUAGCAUUAGUAGAAAGCAUUGCUACAACCCCAAAAACCAGUACAAAUGUACAAAAAAUGAAACAUGGAAGACAUUUACAAACCAGUAAAACACAAUUAGCUACUAAUUUUAUACAAACCAGUAAAACACAAUUAGCUACCUAGCAAGCCAAACUUAGAUUAAAUAUAGUCGCCAUUUCACAGCAUGCCAUGUUUCUUUCUCCAGUUUUCUAGAGAAAGGAAUGCAAGUGCUAAAGAGUUUUUAAAUCUAAAUUUAUUAAAGUAAAUUAAAACUUACUUAUCUAGUCUGGCCUACGUGUAGUUUAUUGGACCUCUAAUUUUAUAAUUCAUUAUACAUAUUAAUGCAAUGUCAUUAAUGCACUCUUUAAAUUAUUAUUAUAGUCACACUUCAGAAACUAUAAACUGCGACUAGUUAAAUGUGCCACAGAAAUGUCAAAUUUAAUAAAGUCACUGCUGCUUAAUGAGGUGUUUGGCCAUAUUAUACUUGGUACAAAAACAAUUGUGCAUACUGUAAAUUACAGUAUGCUUUGUAGUUAACAUCAGAGUUAGAUGUAUAAACUAUAUGAUAUACUGCAGCUUUGAUAUCUAGCCCCAAUGAGUUCCAUAAUAUCAGGACACCAUGACAUGGAACUCUGCACCUGAGUAACAUGAAAUCACUUUUAAAUUUACUUUAUAAUUACAGUGAUAAGAAUUUCCUGUGAUAUUUCUGCUAUUAGAACUUUUAACAAAACCAACAAAAUCACUCUGUGUGGUAAGAUUAGGUAACUCAGCCAGGCACAUUGGAGAUGUGUAAGGCUCUGAGGUCUGCACUACAGAUGUUUUUGACUGCACACAUUUUUUUGUUAUUGAAGUAUAAGUAUGGUGCCGACAGUUAGACAACGACAACUGCCCCUUACUCCCAGUAAUCCACCAGCCCAAAUGGGGCAGAGGGAGAUACCAGGCCCCAGACAACAGAUAGAUAAUGGGUAAGGGAGAAGAAUGACGUGAGAGAGAGAGAGGCUCGAGAGGGGGCUGUCAUGAAAGAAAGCAUGUUGUGUUGAAAGCAUGGAAGUAUGCUGUGGUGUGCUGCCAUUAGACGUCUACAAGACUACUUUUUAACUAGCUUUGCCCUGAGCGAAGAGACAGUGCAGUUCAGAGCUUGGGAAAAAACCCAAACAAAAUACUGAUCCCUGGGAAAGGAAGAACAUUCAUAGUAGGAUAAGUGAGAGAGCGAGACAGCGACGUAGAGAGAGCGAGAGAGAGAGAGAGAGACUGACGGAGUGAGAGAGAGAGACUGGUGUACAAGGUGCCAUAAAAAGCAAACUUGUUUGAGCAAGACGACAAAGCAGAAGAGACAAGACCACAUUCAGAACUCAUGGCAAAACAACAAAACACAAAAUCUCAGGGACACUGAGGACCAUACCCCAAAAGACACUUACAGGUAGCACAGAAGCAAAGUGAAACUUAAAGUCCAGCGACACAUCGAAUGCUCCUGAUAUACUAUUUUUUCAUCUGAACAUCUGUCUGAAGGACAGGAAAAAUGCUACGCAGGAUUUUCCAGCGGAGACUGAAGCAUGAACGCUUGCAGGAGGAGCCAGAAGUGCGAUUUAAAGGGAAACUCAUCUCUGAGAAAGACCUGGGGUAUACGUAUGUACGGCCAGGAGGUUCCAACUACUCCAGCCCAUCUCUGGCUCCGGUGGCCAGUCUGAAUGAGCAGGAGCACAGCAGUGGUAGCGGCGGUGGGGGCAGAGGUGGCGUGGUAGGUUUGGCUCCGGAACACAUCCCCACACCAGGUGCCGCUCUCAGCUGGCAGGCGGCCAUCGACGCUGCAAGGCAGGCCAAGCUGAUGGGCAAAGCUGGGGCCCCCAUCUCCACAGCCAGCUCCACCCAGCGCAAGAGGCAGCACUACAGCAAGCCCAAGAAACAGACCACCACAGCGGCCACACGGCCACCACGUGCCCUACUUUGUCUUACCCUCAAGAACCCCAUCCGCAGAGCCUGCAUCAACAUUGUGGAGUGGAAACCCUUUGAAAUCAUCAUUUUGAUGACUAUUUUUGCUAACUGCGUGGCCUUAGCUGUCUACAUCCCCUUCCCAGAGGACGACUCCAAUGCCACCAACUUCAAUCUGGAGCGAGUAGAGUAUCUGUUCCUCAUCAUCUUUACAGUGGAGGCUUUUCUGAAGGUGAUUGCCUAUGGUCUACUGUGUCACCCCAAUGCCUAUCUGAGGAAUGGCUGGAAUCUGCUGGACUUUAUCAUCGUGGUUGUAGGGUUGUUUAGCGCUAUAUUAGAGCAGGCCACAAAAGGGGAUGGAGGAACGCCAAUAGGAGGAAAAGCAGCAGGGUUUGAUGUAAAGGCCCUACGAGCAUUCAGAGUGCUGAGACCUCUACGACUGGUGUCCGGAGUGCCCAGUUUACAGGUGGUGUUGAACUCCAUUAUUAAAGCCAUGGUUCCCCUGUUGCACAUUGCCCUCCUCGUCCUCUUUGUCAUCAUCAUCUAUGCCAUCAUCGGUCUGGAACUCUUCAUGGGAAAGAUGCACCGCACAUGCUUUUUCAUCAGAGAUGGACAGAAAGGUGCUAUAGCUGAAGAGAAGCCUGCACCCUGUGCCCCAAACUCAUCGGCCCAUGGACGUCACUGUUCCCCACCCAACAUCACACAGUGCUAUAUGGGAUGGGAGGGGCCAAAUGACGGAAUCACAAACUUUGAUAACUUUGCAUUUGCCAUGCUGACAGUGUUUCAGUGCAUCACUAUGGAGGGCUGGACUGACGUCCUCUACUGGGUGAACGAUGCUGUAGGGAACUCCUGGCCAUGGCUUUAUUUUGUUACUCUAAUCAUCAUUGGCUCAUUUUUUGUUCUUAACUUGGUUCUGGGGGUCCUGAGCGGAGAGUUCUCUAAGGAGCGUGAGAAGGCGAAGGCUCGUGGAGAUUUCCAGAAGUUGCGUGAGAAGCAGCAGCUUGAGGAGGACCUGAAGGGCUACCUGGACUGGAUUACACAGGCUGAGGACAUUGACCCAGAGAACGAUGAUGAAGGACUGGACGAUGACAAACCCCGAAACCGGAAGACUCGUUUACAGUACUUUCGUGGAGCAGUGAAGAAAAAAGCAGCUGUACUUUUGAGUAUUCCAGCAAGUGAGAAUGAGUCAGUGAAUACUGAUAACGCUCCAGCUGGAGACAUGGAGGGAGAAACUUGCUGCACACGCCUAGCAAAUAGGAUCUCCAAAUCCAAAUUCAGUCGAUAUUCACGCCGUUGGAAUCGUCUGUGCCGGCGUAAGUGUCGGGCUGCAGUAAAGUCAAAUGUGUUUUACUGGCUGGUGAUUUUUUUAGUGUUUCUGAACACUCUCACGAUUGCAUCAGAGCAUCAUCAACAACCAGACUGGCUCACAAAUGUACAAGAUAUUGCCAACAAGGUUCUCUUGGCUCUCUUUACUGGCGAGAUGCUUCUGAAGAUGUACAGUUUGGGACUACAGGCAUAUUUUGUCUCCCUUUUUAACCGUUUUGAUGGCUUUGUGGUAUGCGGUGGGAUCCUGGAGACCAUCUUGGUGGAGACAAAGAUCAUGUCACCUCUGGGUAUCUCAGUUCUGCGUUGUGUGCGUCUGCUUCGCAUCUUCAAAAUCACUAGGUACUGGAACUCUCUCAGCAACCUGGUGGCAUCUUUGCUGAACUCUGUCCGCUCCAUUGCUUCCCUGCUGCUGCUGCUCUUCCUCUUCAUCAUAAUUUUCAGUUUGCUUGGCAUGCAGCUGUUUGGUGGAAAGUUCAACUUUGAUGAGACACGUCGCAGCACCUUUGACAACUUUCCCCAGUCUUUACUCACAGUCUUUCAGAUUCUGACUGGAGAGGACUGGAACUCAGUGAUGUAUGAUGGGAUUAUGGCAUAUGGAGGGCCAUCAUUUCCUGGCAUGCUUGUUUGCAUCUACUUUAUCAUUCUCUUCAUCUGUGGAAAUUACAUCCUCCUGAAUGUAUUCUUGGCCAUUGCUGUGGACAACCUGGCGGAUGCAGAAAGCCUGACAUCAGCUCAGAAAGAGGAAGAGGAAGAGAAGGAGAGGAGGAAGCUAGCUAGAAUGGCUAGUCCAGAGAAGCAGCAAGACAAUGAAAAACCUCCAGUAGAGGAAGAAAAACGAGAGGAGAAGAUUGAGCUGAAAUCAAUCACCUCAGAUGGAGAAACACCAACAACCACCAAGAUAAACAUCGAUGACUACACAGGAGAUGAUAAUGAGGAGAAGAAUCCAUAUCCAGUAAAUGACUUCCCAGGGGAGGAAGAUGAUGAAGAGCCAGAGAUGCCAGUUGGUCCAAGGCCACGACCACUUUCUGAAAUUCAGCUGAAGGAGAAAGCCAUUCCCAUGCCUGAGGCCAGAGCCUUCUUCAUCUUCAGCCAUACCAACAAGUUUCGGGUUUUGUGUCAUAAGAUUGUGAACCACAAUAUCUUCACCAAUCUCAUCCUCUUCUUCAUUCUGCUGAGCAGCGUCUCUCUGGCUGCAGAGGACCCAGUGAAGAGUGACUCAUUCAGAAAUCAGAUUCUAGGCUAUGCAGAUCAUGUGUUUACAGGUCUCUUUACAAUAGAGAUCAUAUUAAAGAUGACAGCAUAUGGAGCAUUCCUCCAUAAGGGUUCUUUCUGUCGUAACUACUUUAACAUUCUGGAUCUGGUGGUGGUCAGUGUUUCUCUCAUCUCCUCAGGGAUUCAGUCGAGUGCCAUUAAUGUAGUAAAGAUUUUGAGAGUUCUUAGAGUCCUCAGACCCUUGAGGGCCAUCAACAGGGCCAAGGGCCUCAAACAUGUGGUGCAGUGUGUGUUUGUGGCAAUCCGCACCAUUGGGAACAUUGUCAUCGUUACCACUCUGCUGCAGUUCAUGUUUGCUUGUAUUGGAGUACAGCUCUUUAAGGGCAAAUUCUCUUACUGCACAGACUCUUCCAAACAGACGGAAGCAGAAUGCAAGGGGACUUAUAUCCUGUAUAAAGAUGGUAAUGUUGGCAAACCAGAGAGAGCUCUGCGUAUCUGGGAGAACAGUGACUUCAACUUCGAUGAUGUUUUGCAAGGCAUGAUGGCCUUGUUUGCUGUAUCCACUUUUGAGGGAUGGCCAGGGCUCCUAUACAAAGCCAUAGACUCCCAUGCUGAAGAUGUAGGACCCAUCUACAACUACCGUGUGGUCAUCUCCAUCUUCUUCAUCAUCUACAUCAUUAUCAUCGCCUUCUUCAUGAUGAACAUCUUCGUAGGUUUUGUCAUUGUCACGUUCCAGGAGCAGGGCGAGCAGGAGUAUAAGAACUGCGAGUUGGACAAGAACCAGCGGCAGUGUGUGGAGUAUGCACUAAAGGCACGACCACUACGCAGGUACAUUCCCAAAAACCCAUACCAGUAUAAGGUAUGGUACGUGGUCAACUCCACCUACUUUGAAUACCUGAUGUUUACCCUAAUCCUACUCAACACCAUCUGCUUGGCAAUGCAGCACCAUGGUCAGUCCACGUCCUUCAACAAUGCCAUGAACAUCCUCAACAUGCUUUUCACUGGUCUGUUUACUGUGGAGAUGAUCCUCAAACUCAUUGCCUUCAAGCCCAGGGGUUACUUUAGUGACCCCUGGAAUGUUUUUGACUUCCUCAUCGUAAUUGGCAGCAUUAUAGACGUCAUUCUGAGUGAAAUAAAUCAUUAUUUUGUCGAUGCAUGGAAUACAUUUGACGCUCUCAUAGUAGUGGGUAGCGUUGUUGACAUAGCUAUCACAGAGGUUAACCCAGCUGAUCCGUCCUCCUCCACCCCUUCCUCUGUGGUAAGACCAAUGGGGCAACAGAACACUGAAGAUAAUGCCCGGAUCUCCAUCACGUUCUUCCGACUCUUUCGAGUGAUGAGACUGGUGAAGCUGCUAUCUCGUGGAGAAGGAAUUCGGACCCUGUUGUGGACCUUCAUCAAAUCCUUCCAAGCUCUUCCAUAUGUAGCAUUGCUUAUUGUAAUGCUCUUUUUCAUCUACGCUGUUAUUGGAAUGCAGGUGUUUGGUAAAAUAGCACUGAGAGACAACAGUCAGAUCAACCGAAACAACAACUUUCAGACCUUCCCACAAGCUGUUCUCCUGCUCUUCAGGUGUGCGACAGGAGAGGCAUGGCAGGAGAUUAUGCUAGCCUGCUCCCCUCACCACCCUUGUGAGAAGGGCUCUGAUGAGAGUCCUACCACUGAGGAUUGUGGCAGUUACUUUGCUAUCAUCUACUUUGUCAGUUUCUACAUGCUUUGUGCCUUUCUAAUUAUCAACCUGUUUGUGGCUGUCAUUAUGGACAACUUUGACUAUCUGACACGUGAUUGGUCAAUCCUGGGGCCACAUCAUCUGGAUGAGUUCAAGAGGAUAUGGGCAGAGUACGACCCUGAGGCCAAAGGAAGGAUAAAGCAUCUGGAUGUGGUGACAUUACUGAGGAGGAUUCAGCCACCACUGGGCUUUGGCAAACUCUGUCCCCAUCGAGUAGCUUGCAAGCGCCUGGUGUCCAUGAACAUGCCUCUGAACAGCGAUGGCACCGUAAUGUUCAAUGCUACUCUGUUUGCCCUAGUGCGAACCGCCCUCCGCAUUAAAACCGAAGGUAACUUGGAGCAGGCAAAUGAAGAACUGAGGGCCAUAGUAAAGAAAAUCUGGAAGAGGACCAGUAUGAAAUUGCUCGACCAGGUUGUACCCCCAGCUGGAGAUGAUGAGGUGACAGUGGGAAAGUUCUAUGCCACAUUCCUUAUCCAGGAAUACUUCAGGAAGUUCAAGAAGCGGAAGGAGCAGGGCUUGGUGGCUAAAGUGCCUCCAAAGACUGCUCUUUCUUUGCAGGCAGGCCUGCGUACACUGCAUGACAUGGGUCCAGAGAUUAGGAGGGCAAUAUCUGGGGACCUAACCGUGGAGGAGGAGCUGGAGAAGGCCAUGAAGGAGACGGUGUGUGCAGCAUCUGAAGAUGAUAUCUUCAGGGUAAAGCGAUCUGGAGGUCUAUUUGGAAACCACGUAAAUUAUUACCAUCAGAGUGAUGGCCGUGCCUCCUUUCCACAAUCCUUUACAACUCAGCGGCCACUGCACAUCAGCAAGUCAGGCAGCCCUGGAGAGGGAGAGUCCCCGUCGCAUGAGAAACUUGUGGACUCCACCUUCACCCCAAGCAGCUAUUCCUCCUCAGGUUCCAAUGCCAACAUCAACAAUGCCAACAAUACCGCCAUUGGACACUGCUACCCGAGCCCCUCCAUCAGCACUGUAGAUGGGCACACCAGACCUCUGCUCACACCUGUACUGCUGCCUCACUCCUCAUGGUGCUUCCCUAACAAGAGCUUGGACACGAGUGAGAGUCGUCUCCCCAUAAUCCGCCGGGAAGAGGCAUCCACAGAUGAAACAUAUGACGAGAUGUUUACAGAGAGCAACUGUGACCAGAGCAUGCUCUCCACAGAAAUGUUGGCUUUGCAGGAUGAAGAGUGUAAGCAGUUAGCUGUGACUGGGGAAGGGGAUGUGGGAGAGGACAGAAGACCAUGGCAGUCUCCUCGACGAGCCUUUCUCUGUCCUACUGCACUCGGUCGACGAUCUUCCUUUCAUUUAGAGUGUCUGAGGAGACAGACCAGAGCUGAUCCUUCUCAAAAGACAGCACUAUCCUUGCACCUGGUUCAGCACCAGGCACUGGCGGUAGCAGGGUUGAACCCCUUGGUGAGGAGGAGUCAUUCUCCUACUUUGUUCACACGUCUGUGUUCCACACCUCCUGCCAGUCCUUGCAGCCAUGGGGCAGGUGGGCUAUGCGAACAGCCUGUGCCCUCACUGAGGCUAGAGGAACCGGGCUCCUAUGAGAAGCUCAACAGCAGCCUACCAUCAGUUAACUGUGGCUCAUGCCCAAGUGACAGUAACGGACAUGAUACAAGGAGCUCUCGGAGAGCACUGCGUCCCAUCUCUCUAACAGUGCCAUCUGUUACAUGCAAAGAAACAGGCUCAUUCUCACAUGGCAGCGCUGGCAGUCUUGUGGAAGCGGUGUUGAUAUCUGAGGGGCUGGGCCGUUAUGCACAGGACCCCUCUUUCAUCGAGGUGGCAAAGCAGGAGCUUGCUGAUGCUUGCGACAUGACCAUGGAGGAAAUGGAGAAUGCGGCAGAUAACAUACUAAAUGCCAAUGGGCCUCCAAGCCCUAACGGCAACCUUCUGCCCUAUAUGCACUGCAGGGAUACUGGGACCCCGGAGCCACUGCGGAGCAACAGCCAGGGGCUGUCCAGAGCCGGGGAGACAGAGGAGCUGCUGAGGAGUGGCCUGGAGGAUCUUGAGAAAGGGACAGGGGGGCUGCGGGCAGCUGGGGGGGGUCAACGGAACAGUCGGCUGAUGGAGGAUGAGGACAUGGAGUGUGUGACCAGCUUGUAGGGAUAAAGUUAGCCCUGAGGAGUUCCUCUGUUUCAGCCCACCAUUCUCUCAUUAGUUCCCUUGCUCUGGAAAGUCAGAACAGUUUCUUUCAAACUUGUAUUUAUUGUAGGAGUAUAAUGCAAUUUGACUUAGCUGAAACUGAGGGUUAUUUGUUUUUGUGUUUUUUAUGUGUGAAUGACUGUGAGCAAAUGUGUGCAUUUGGGUGUAUGAAUGUGUGUAGGUUGUAUGAAUGAGAAGGAGAGAAACUGUAUCUAAAGUGCCUCACAGUUCUUAAAACCUUGACUGAGAGAUUGAAGCAAAAUGCAAAGACAAAAAAGACUUCAAAAACACAGGAAAAGUAGAACUCUACUUUGUCAUAUAUAAUUUCCUGUUACUUCAUUGUUGGGGUAUAAUCUGCAGCAAAAACCCACUACUGAGGGUUCAGUGGGGGCUGUGUGAGUUCGUGCUGGUUUGUCUCUAGCUGAAGAGAUGUCAUGGGGCAGACGCAACUUCCUGCUCUUUUCCCCUCAUCUUGCUCAUGCCCUUCAGUGUACAGAGCAGUCGGAUCUGGAGGCAAUACACUGGCAAGCUCUAGUCAGGACCCUCCACGAGGCUGUCAUAUGGCUUAAAGGGUUUUCUUGUGUGGCUGUGUGAGAACUUGGAGGAGCAUACAGCAGAGAGACUACAAAAGGAGUGAAAACUUUGUGCAGCUGUGCUACAAGGUCCCUCUUCUCGAGGCUCUCUUCCUCUAACAGACCACCAGGAGGAGGCUUGCAUCCUAGCCUGCCAUAUACCUCGACUUGUCCAUCACUUUACUUUUACUUUUCUGCUUCUUUAAAGAUUUGGCAUUGCUUUUUUAAUUAUUUGUGAAUCCUCAUCAUUUUCAUUAUAGGCUUUUUUCUAGUGUACCCUUUGGUGUGUUUUUGAUAACAGGGGAUAAAGGAAGAGUCCAUCCCCUCAGCUCCUCUCUCUGUCUCUCCUGUGUGGUUGGAGGGAUUUCACAUGGCUGUGGAUGGCUCAGGCCAUGAAUCAGUUGUGUCCACGCAUGCUGUAUUUGAUUAAAGUCUAUUUUUAUUUCUCUUUUUUUUCUGGGCCAGCGUUUGAUUUUUGUAAUGUAAUUUAUCCUAUUUUUUAAAAACGCGGCUACUGGUUAAAUUUUCACCCACUCUACCCUCCCUUGUUUUUCUAUAGGGGGAUAAGAUAUUUAAUGACCUGCCUGAGGCCAACAUGUACUACAGAGUGUCUCUGUCAGAAUGCACCUCUGACAGAUUAGCUGUAUUUAUUUAUUUAUUUCUCAAAGAGGAUGUGUGCUCAGUGCAGCCGGGCUCUAUUGUUUUGUUCAGGUAAUCGUAUGGUAGCAGAUAUGUGAUGGUGUUUGAUGGCCUGCAUGGAGUGAGGUAUCAAAGGCAGACAUGCUUCCAAGGCUUUUGUUCUUAAUGCUGCUCUUUUGCUGGUUGAGUGACAGUCUAAAGAGUAAACUACUGAAGUAGCCCGAUGGCUCAAACUGCCAAAAUGCUUUUAUCUGAAAUGGUGUGACUUGUUACCACAGUUGUUAUAGACCAUUUAAAAUUACUCUCCCAAAACCAGGGAGAAAAGUAAUGUUAAACUAAUCAUGACAUUAAAGGUGCACUUUGGAGAGAAAUAGAUGGGAGAAAAAAAUAUUUAUUUAUUCAGGGACAUCUGGGUAGCCUAUCAUUUAAGACACUCUUUCUAAUGUAGUUUACACAGGGCUAAAUAUAUCAUAAUUGAAGUCACUAAUUAUUAUUAUUAUUAUUAUUAUUAUUGUCUGGAAUAUUUUUGCUUGGUUUCACAGUGUAUGCAUGUAUUCAUACAAUCACAUGACCACAUGCUCAGAAAGGAAGACUUAGUGAUCUAUUAUGCAAAUAAGGUGUUCAAAUGUUUUAGGUUUUAUUGUUAUGUGACCUUAAAUGUGGUAUGGAAUGUGGGUUUUUUCCCAAUUAUGUAUAGUGCCAGAGUGACACGUACAUUUUUCAGUAAAUUUUAAAUUGAUAAUGUAUGAACUGAUAGUAUAUUUACUUAAUUCUUCAUUAUUCCAUACAUAAUGAAUGGAAUAUAGAAAGAAAUGUCACUGCUUUGCACAUUGUUAUUGGUAAUUUAACUUUCAGUAAGUGACAGCUUUUUUUCUCCCAGAAUGAAACUGGGAAAUUGUGUUUUUCAUAACAGGCCUUUCGAACUGAUUGUCUGAAUUAAAUAUUUUGUUCCUUUCCAA